CCCGCCUCUCCCUCCGUCCCCUCCCCGCCGGGCAUGGGGCGGUCGCGGCUCUUCGGGCGCCUGAAGGCGGCGGUGCUCGGCGUAGUGCAUGUGGGAGCGCUGCCAGGGACACCAAGAAGUUCUCUUCCAUUGACACAAAUCAUUGAUCAAGCUUGUCAAGAAGCAGAAAUUUACAAGGAUGCUGGAGUUGAUGGCUUGAUAGUAGAAAACAUGCACGAUCGUCCUUACACGGUGUGUCCUGGGCCUGAAGUGACGGCAGCGAUGACGGCCAUCAGUGCCGCUGUGAGGCGAGCCUGCCCGCACCUCGCGCUGGGCGUCCAGGUCCUGAGCGCUGCGAAUCAACAGGCAAUAGCAGUUGCUCUCGCUGCAGAUCUUGAUUUUAUCCGAGCUGAAGGGUUUGUGUUUUCUCAUGUUGCUGAUGAAGGGAUCAUAAAUGCCUGUGCAGGUAACCUGCUACGAUACAGAAAACAAGUUGGAGCAGAGAAUAUUCAGAUUUUUGCUGAUAUUAAAAAGAAGCACAGUUCUCAUGCUCUGACGGCAGAUGUUGGUGUGGCUGAGACCGCGGAGGCUGCCGAGCUCUUCCUGGCUGACGGGCUUGUAUUGACUGGCAAGGCUACUGGGCUGCCCGCAGAUCCUGAGGAACUGAAAGAGGUUCAACAUGCUGUGAAGAUUCCUGUGCUGAUUGGGUCUGGAGUGACUAUGGAGAAUGUCAAGAAUUACGUGGAUGCAAAUGCUCUAAUAAUUGGUUCGUAUUUCAAGAAAGAAGGUUAUUGGGCAAACGGUGUUGAUCCUGACCGAGUAAAGAAAUUUAUGGAUCACAUAAGUAAACUGAGAGAAUGAGUUUGUCAAACAGUAUUCUUUUUGUGUGUAUACAAGUGCAGUAUGAUAUAUCACACAGAAUUAAAGCACAAAUGUGCA